CAGUUGAUAGUACGACGUGGUUUACCGUAUUGGUACUCUACAGCUUUUUGAAACUUGAGUGAAGUUCUUCAGUUGUUUUGUAUUUCGAAAAUGUGGAUGAUCUCUCUAUCGGUUGUGCUUUUUAUUUUUUAUGUUAUCAAACUAUUAGAUAUCUAUCAUAAGAGUCACCCUUCAUACAAAGUGGCUCUAGGGAUUGGUGGCCUUGAUCCUUUAACAUUUUGCCAGACUAUUAAAUUGGCUCUCACAAUUAAUAGAGAAAAUAUUUUUACAUCCUUCCGAGAUUUUGCUCAAAAAUACAAAAAAUCUUAUGUUUUCUGGUGUCUUGGGCGAGCAUAUGUGAGGGUGAUAAAAGCAGAAGAUAUGGAGAAAAUCCUGGGUUCAGCGAAACACACGAAAAAAGGAUUUGUCUAUAGAUACUUGUUGGCUCUUCUUGGAGAAGGUUUGCUAAUCAGUGGCGGGAAAAAGUGGAUUCAUAGACGAAAAAUACUCACGCCGGCUUUUCAUUUUAACAUACUUCAGCAAUUCCUCGAAAUCUUUCAGCAAGAAGGUGCCAAACUUAUUGUUCAAUUGGAAAGAUCCGAAACUGUUGUAGAAGUUCCAAAAUUGAUUUCAAAACAUACACUUGAUGUGAUCUGCGAAACAGCCAUGGGAAUCAAAUUGGAUUCCCAGGAAGAAUCGCAAAUUUACCGUGAAAGUAUCCAUCAGGCCGGAAAAGUCCUUGUAUUGCGCUUCAUAAAGCCCUGGCUCAAUUCUGACUUUGUCUUCAGGAUAUUGGGCUAUGAAAAAUUACUGAAUAAAAUACUCCAACCUAUACAUUCAUUCACGAGAAAAAUCAUCCGUCAGAGAAAUAUCAAGUUCAUGGACAAUCGUGAUCAGCAAGAUUGCGAGAUUUACGACAGACGACAGAAACACGCAAUGCUGGAUACUCUUUUACUUGCUGAAAAGAACAAUCAAAUUGAUUUGGAGGGGAUUCGAGAGGAAGUGGGCACAUUCACUUUUGAAGGACACGAUACUACAGCUUCAGCUAUCAAUAUGAUCCUCUUUUCAUUGGCAGAAAAUCCCGGUAUUCAGGAGAAAGUUUAUGAAGAAAUUAUGGAAAUUAUCCAGAGGAAGAAUGGAAAUAGUCUCGAAAUUUUUGACUACACCAAUAUGACAUACACAGAUAGGGUCAUUAAAGAAUCCCUGAGGCUCUAUCCACCAGUUCCCUACAUAUCACGAGAAUUAACAGAGGAUCAAUUGAUCAAUGGAUAUCCUGCUCCUACAGGAACAUUAGUUGAGGCUCACAUUUUCGAUCUCCAUCGGGAUCCUCAGUAUUUCCCAGAUCCUGAACGCUUUGAUCCUGAUAGAUUCCUGCCGGAGCAAGUAGAAAAGCGUCAUCCUUUCGCUUACCUACCUUUCUCUGCUGGUCCACGCAAUUGCAUUGGGCAGAAGUUUGCUCUGCUGGAGAUCAAAACUGUGAUCGAGAGUAUCCUUAUCAACUUCCAUCUCUCACCCAUUACUCAACGGGAAGAUCUUGUCUUUGUUGCUGAUCUUGUGCUCAGAACAGCCGAUCCCAUAAAGAUUAAGUUUACGAGGCGAUCAUAAAAUUCAACAAGAUUACAUACAAUGAUACAUAAUACUAAAUCAAUUCUUACUUCUAUUUCCACCGCAAUUAACAUUUAAAAAUAACUUUGUUUCAGAAAAAUUCUGAGUGAUUUUUCUUAUGUAAUUUUAAGGAGGAAGAAGAAAGGUGUUUAUAGAGCAAUUUCCAUUUGUAAUGAACACUCAUAGUGAGCAAAAAGACAUACAAAUUACUGCUCAGGCGACUUUAGUGUGGAAUAAAACAAGUUUUUAAAAUGAA